UCCGACUCGCCCAGACUGUCCCCGACCGUCCCUGGAUUGUAAGGUGAACUAAUCUCCUAUCCUGCUCGCUCUAUUGCGCUCCAUGUGACUGCGGCCUAAAAGGCCUUAAGUGAUAGUAUCGGUUGUGCGAUACACUUGGCCGUGCUAGAUGUAGUCAUGUAGUACGCGUACUGCAUCAGACAUUGCGUGAAGUUGUGUUAAUGAAUAGAGCAUUACCUAUUGCUAAAAUUUGUCGUCGGCCGAAUGUAGAGGAAAUGCUGUCCAUGGAUCCCACCUCACCAUUGUCCACCAUGGGAACCAAACGAAGGAGCUCGUCUCGCACUAUAAAGCGCAAAAAGUUUGACGAUGAGGUUGUGGAGACGACGUUUAACCUUCAGCCCUCACCUUCUUUUCCAAAGACGAUCUCACGAUCUCGCACUGUCUCGGCAUCGUCUAGCUCGCUUGAUACAGUUGCGGGCCCGUUGCCACUUACCAUCCCUUCCCCACAUGUUUCUCUGCCCACUCCUGUACCUGCACCUGUGUCCAUACCCCAGCCUGAACGUAGUAUUAGAAGGCCUAGCAGACCGAGUGGUUCGAGUGGCAGCAGGAAAAGCAAAAAAAGUAAAAAUCAUCCACAUUCUGUCAAUGCCACUAAGGAUCUUGGCAGAUGGAAGCCAAUUGAUGAUCUGGCGCUUAUUACUGGAGUCCAGCAGACCAACGAUUUGAGGAUGGUGCACAGAGGAACAAAGUUCUCUUGCCGUUUUACACUACAAGAAAUUCAACAGAGAUGGUAUGCUUUGCUAUAUGACAGUGCUGUAUCACGCGUGGCUGUGCAAGCAAUGCGCAAUUUGCAUCCAGAAUUAAUUACUACUGUUCAAGCAAGAACUCUAUACAGCAAAAGUGAGGAAGAUCUCCUUGGCACCAUCAAAUCUACCUCACAGCCAAUGCAGGAAGACUUUCAACAUCUUUUAGAAGCCAAUGCCCAAGUUUUUUACCCUGCUAGAACAGCAAAAGCAUUGCUAGCUCACUGGCAGUUAAUGAAACAAUACCACUUACUACCUGAUCAAAACUCUCAAAGUUUACUUAGAGGAGAAACUGUGUUGAAUUUCUCAGAUGCUGAAGAUGUGAUGAAUGAUGCUGAGUUAACUGAACCAAAGGAUGAAGUUCUUGAUGGAGAGCUUCAAACUGCUGACCGAAAGAAUAAAAAAGAAAUUAAAAUACUGGAAAAUGAGCUUGGGAAGUGGCAGGUUUUAGUCGACAAUGUUACUGGAAAUAAUCAGCCAGACUUUGAUAACCAAACCCUAGCUAUACUGAGAGGUAGACUUGUAAGGUAUUUGAUGAGAUCACGAGAGAUAACAGUAGGUCGUUCAACAAAAGAUCAUAGCGUGGAUGUUGAUUUGAUACUAGAAGGCCCAGCCUGGAAAAUAUCACGACGGCAAGGCACAAUUAGGUUAAGAAAUAAUGGUGAUUUUUUUAUGUCUUCUGAAGGAAAACGACCAAUAUUUGUCGACAGUCGGCCCAUUCUUGCUGGAAACAAAAUGAAACUCAAUAAUAAUAGUGUCAUUGAGAUUGCUGGGUUAAGAUUUAUUUUCUUGAUAAAUCAAGAACUUAUAUCUGUUAUAAGGCAAGAAGCUGCAAAAUUAAAUUUGAAUCCAUAAAAUUUGUAUCCAUUCUUUACAUUAUUGAUGAAUAUAAAGGAAUGUGUAUGUAUUGAUUAAUCAACAUCUUAGUAGUUUCUUAGCUAACGUUUUUAAACAAUUUUUUAACCAUGUAUGAACGAAUGUACAUAAUUUUUUUAGUCUUUACUAGUUUGUAAAUAAUUUUGUAUAAGUAAACUUAAGUUUCUUAUGAAUACUCAAUAGUUUCUUAUAAACUAGAGCAAGUUAUUUGCUUCAAUUAAUGUACAGGUAGUUCCCAUUUAUUGAGCGUAAAAAUUUUAAUAAAUAAGUUUGGAACUUCAAAUCAUUAAUUAUAGAAUCAAAAAAUAUCCAAAAAGUUCUGGUACACAAAAGAAAAUGUAAGUUAACUUAAUUUUUGUAUGCUAUGCAAAACACCAAUAAAUUCUCUGAUCAACCUCA